AUGUCGAUCAAAAAUUUAAGAGCCAGCUUCAUAGCCCGUCUUGACAACUGGGCGUUUCCCUGUGAAAGACCCAACUUUUCAAAAACAGCACACUUGUCCACUCAAUCCAACACCAUGUUGUUGUUACGGAAUGCGUUAAAUGCUACCAAGAGACAAGUGACGGUCCGUGGUUAUGCCACCUCAUCCGGUGGAGCGAGAUCGUUUUACUAUCAGUAUGGCACCCCAAUUGUACGAUGCACCGUGGUGGCUUCGGGAACAACUUUGGCAUUGCAGCUACUCUGGCAGAAUCUGGAAUAUCGUGAAUUCAGGGACGAGACAGAAGCCUAUGUUACCAAAUUGGAAGAAAGAUUAAAGACAUUGGAACAGCAAUAA